AUGAAGGGUGAAUUGCGUUCACAAGUUCCAGGUGAUGCAGGUUUGGAUUCUGUGGGUACUAGUUCAAAUGCAGGUUCGGAGUCUAUCUUAGAAUCUUUGGAUAAAGGAGAUGAUGUGGAUGAUCCUUUGGAUACUGCAGAUGUGGAGGAACCAUCCUCUGGAUACCUGAAUGACUUUUUGGCUCGUGCUAUUGGACUUCAGCUCGGGCUCUACUGUCAGCUUCGUGGAAUCUCCAAUGGCUGGAGGCUCUACAUUGGCCUCGGUUUUGGAGUUAAACUUGCAUGUGCAAGUGGAACACUUGUCUGUUCGGGGUCUAUCUUAAAAUAUUUGGAUAGAGGAGAUGAUUUGGAGGACUCUUUGGGUGCUGUAGACAUGAAUGACAUGCGCCCAAACAAGAAUACAAGACGGCUUAGGUUUGGACUCAACCUUGCCUGUGCCAGUGGAAAAGUUGUCUCUAUCUUCUUCUAUCUUGGAUUCUAUACGUAA